AGACCGGGCUGUAUCACCCUGCUGCCUCUUACCUAGCCUCCCCGUUGCAAGUCGGGAAGAGAGUGACAGAGAGAGAAGGGGAGAGGGGGAGAAGGGGAGAUGGGUGAUGAGAACGACCCCCAGAGGAUAAAAAAGAUUGCCGCCGCGGCGUACCAGUAUGAAAUCGAUCCCCGUUGGGCGGAGUACUGGUCCAACGUUCUCAUCCCUCCUCACAUGGCUUCCCGAUCCGACAUCGUCGACCACUACAAGCGCAAGUUCUACCAGCGUUACAUCGAUCCCAAUUUUGUGGUUCAACCCAUGUCCUCUUCCAGCUCUUUUCAGACAUCUAGAUCAUCAGAGAGAUCCACAUCAGUACCUACUACAGAAAAUAAAAGCCCUCAUAACUCAGGGUCUGCUUCUGAAGCAUCUGCACCACAAAGCAGGAUCUCAUCUUCUUUACAACUGGAUAAACAGACUUUUAAUUUUGCAUUCAAUUCAUGGGUAUUUGCUAUGUCCAUUCUUGGGAUCCUUCCCCUUGUACCAAAAAGUCUUGCAGGCAAAGCAUAUUUGUUAUCUUUGCUGGGAGCUGCCUUUUCCUCACUGUUUUCCUUGUACACUCGUUUUGGGGUACCAAGGACAUGGAAUCAGCAAGGCAUCCACACAUGGUUGCAGUCUGUUAUUGCAACCAGAGAAUUUAUUAAUCUCCCCUACAGCAUUAUGCUAAGUACUUCUUCAAUGCCUUUUAAAAUUGGCCUGGUUCCUGUUCUUUGUUGGUCAGUUCAGCAUGUAGUGAAGUUCUCAAGAAAAAGCAUGGCACAUUCUAAUUUGUACAGGAAAUACCUUGAUGAACCCUGCUUGUGGGUUGAUGUGAAUGCUACCACAAUUAAUAUUCUGAGUUCAAAUGCAGAGGUUGCCCUUGGCUUCCUUUUCCUGAUAUCACUCUUCUCGCAAAGGCGCAGCAUAAUCCACACAUUCAUGUAUUGGCAGCUGCUGAAACUCAUGUAUCAUGUUCCUGCAACUUCUGGCUACCAUCAGAGUGUCUGGUCCAAGAUCGAUCGUGCCAUUAACCCUUUCGUAAAUCGAUAUGCUCCAUUUUUGAAUGCUCCCAUCUCAGCUAUCAGGAAAUGGUGGUCCAGGUAGACUAAGCUUUCAGAAGGUAAAUGUGGAUGGAAGGAAUCCAGAAGAAGCUGUCCUUCAUCUUCUUCCAUGAUGAGAAUCCUAAUUGUGAUAGUUUAAUUAUGUUUCUGUAAACUAUUGUUGGCCAUCUUUGGUAUUGAGAGAAGCUUCCUGUGUCUUGUGCUACUUAUUGUCUUUGCAGAGUUGAAGCUGGGAUGUGGGUUCUGAAAUAUUAUUUUAUGAAAAGAAGAAUUUGUAAGAUAUCCUGAUAUGUUGUAGAUCAGAAUGAUGAUUUUGUAACUUGUCCUUAAUUUAAUAUCAGGUGGUUUCUUUUAAUGGCAUUAAA